GAGGAGGGCUGGAGAACACAUCAGUAAGCAGCCAGUGACAGAGAUAAGGAGACAAAGGGAAGGAUCUAUAGGGCACUGCAGCGCCGGGCACACAGGUGAUGGUACAGGGCACAGUACACACAGCACAGCACUGAAUUACUCCGCAUAGCUGACAGGUAAGAAGAUGGUGCGGGGCUCUCUAUGGCUGGCUGCCUGCGGGCUGCUGCUCCUCCUCGGCUGCUCUCCAUCCACACCGUCCGAGGCUCAAGGCAGGCGGCGGAGGCUGAGCAAAGAACCGGGCGGCAUCUCGUUCGAGUAUCACCGGUACCCGGAGCUGCGGGAGGCGCUGGUGGCCGUGUGGCUGCAAUGUCCGUCCAUCAGUCGGAUCUACACGGUGGGACGGAGCUUCGAGGGCCGGGAGCUGCUGGUCAUCGAGAUGUCGGAUAAGCCCGGAGAACACGAGCCCGGUGAACCUGAAUUUAAGUAUGUUGGCAACAUGCAUGGGAAUGAAGCUGUGGGUAGAGAACUUCUUAUUUAUAUGGCCCAGUAUCUCUGCAAUGAAUACCAGAAAGGCAACGAGACAAUCAUCAAUUUGAUCCACAACACCCGUAUACACAUCAUGCCUUCCAUGAACCCUGAUGGGUUCGAAAAAGCUGCUCAGCAGCCUGGAGACAUAAAGGACUGGUUUGUGGGUCGUAGUAACGCACAGGGAAUCGACCUGAACAGAAAUUUCCCUGAUCUUGACCGGAUUGUCUACAUUAAUGAGCAAGAAGGCGGAACCAACAACCACCUGCUGCAGAAUCUGAAGAAGACCGUUGACCAAAACACUAAGCUUGCCCCUGAAACCAAAGCAAUAAUUCACUGGAUAAUGGAUAUUCCUUUUGUACUUUCUGCCAAUCUACAUGGAGGUGAUCUUGUGGCCAAUUAUCCAUAUGACAAGACUCGAAGUGGAAGUGCUCAUGAAUACAGUGCUUGCCCCGAUGACAGCAUUUUUCAGAGUUUAGCUCGUUCAUAUUCUUCCCUCAAUCCAGCCAUGUCUGACCCAAAGAGGACACCGUGUCGCAAGAAUGACGAUGAAACCAGCUUUGUUGAUGGAACCACUAAUGGUGCAGCUUGGUACAGUGUUCCUGGAGGUAUGCAGGACUUCAACUACCUAAGCAGUAACUGUUUUGAGAUAACUGUGGAGCUGAGCUGUGACAAAUUCCCACCUGAGGAAUUGCUGAAGAAUUACUGGGAAGAAAACAAAGACUCAAUGGUGAAUUACAUCAAGCAGGUGCAUCGUGGAGUAAAAGGAUUUGUCAGAGAUCACCAAGGAAAUCCAAUUGCUAAUGCAACAAUAUCUGUAGAUGGAAUCAACCAUGACGUGACUUCAGCCAGGGAUGGUGACUACUGGAGGCUCCUUUCUCCUGGAAACUACAAAGUUACAGCCUCAGCUCCGGGGUACCUUGCAGUCACUAAAAAAGUAGCUGUUGCUUAUAGCCCUGCUACUAAGAUUGAUUUUGAUCUGGAAUCAUUAUCAGAGAGGAAGGAAGAAGAAAAAGAAGAGCUAAUGGAAUGGUGGAAGAUGAUGUCUCAGACUUUGAAUUUUUAAAGAAGCACACUCACCGCUGAUGUUAAAUUAUGUGUUGACUUGGUAUGCAGUAAUGUGGACUAUAUAUUUAUAGGAAUGGGUGUGUACAACAAUGCAUUUGUAUCCUCGCAUGCAUGUUACAAAUACUCAUUCCUAUACAUAUUGGAUAAUGUGUAAUUUUGAACUUUCACCCUCUGUUUACUUUAUUUUUGUGAUAAUCUGGAUAGGAAUCUGCACUCUUUAUAAUAGCUAGGCUUUUAGCUAGGGUAACCGUAGAACUGGGCACAGAAAAUCUCUCAGUAUAUGGCAAUGUUUGAGCAACAGUUUAGUUUGAGUUUUCUACCCAAUGUCAAGGAUGAAACAGUGGAAAAGUUAAAAUGCAAUAUUCUAUGUUCAAGCCAUGUGUUGUAGAGUACAUAUUAGUUUACACAAUAGUAUAUAGCACAGCUGUUGCCAAAAAUAUCUUGGCAGUAUGUAUGUAGAAAUGAUGUCAGCUUCUCUAGUGUGGGUCCUGGAAGAAGAAAUAUAAUAUUGGACUUAUUUCUUAUCCUUAAGCUUAAAAUGUAAUUUCUUCCAUGGGCAACUGUGGUUUGUAUAUUGAUGCUGCCUCCAAAAAUGAACAUCUUCAUACUAGAUGACAUUGUAAUAAGCUACUAAACAGAAACACAAUAUAAAAAAUAAGCACAUAUUAAAGGGGUACUCCAGGGAACUAAACCCAUAGCCCACUCUUUCCCUCUCACCAACCUAUGUAUUUGUCUAAAUAUCAUUUGUUAGCUAUAUACAGCAGGAAAUGAGAGAAAAAUUUAAUUCUCAAAUCCACCUUGUCUUGGUGUAAACCCCUCACUGAGAGUAGCCCCCACUCUUCAGGACAACACCACCUUAUUUCUGUCUGAUUUCUGUUUGGUGUAGAGCUCUGGUUGUACAGCCACACCUCCCCCUCCCCUCCCUGUGUGAGAGCCUGUGAGCUGUGAGAGAAAAGCAGUGAAGAUUCUUAGUCACAACUGAGCACAUAGCUGCUGUUUUUAUGCUGAAUAUUUAAUCACUGACUUCUGCUAUUCAGAGCAUAGCAAGAUUUAUUGCUGGAGGAAGGAUAGUCUGAAAGAAAAGACAUGUACAGUGUGUGUGAGAUGCAGUGUAAGCAUGCACACAGAUAGUGAAAGCAGUUGGCUGGCAGCCAUUACAGAGCUGCACUGACUUCUGGGAGUUGUAGUCUGUGCUACAAACAAGGAAAAAGUAUUUAGGAGACAUCAGGGGCCAAAGCAGCUGCAAAAACCGCAUGAAUAACUACAGAGGACACAGAAGAGGUAUUGUGGUGGCUUUGGGGCAUUUUUAUUUUUCUUAAUGUCCCUGGAGUACCUCUUUAAGAUCAGCAAUUGUUUCUUUUAAAGGGGUUAUCCAGGAAUGGAAAAACAGAGCUAUUUUUUUUCUCCAAAAAAUACACUAAACCUUGUGUGGUAUUACAACUUAACUCCAUUUACUUCACUUAUGGAACUGAGCUCAAUAGCAAACAUAACCUGAGGACAGGUGUGGUGCUGUUUUUUGAAGAAAUCAGCUAUGUUUUUUUUAAUCCUGAACAACCCCUUUAAGUUAUUCCAUAUUGCUGGACUAAAUAGUAAGCUCAUGGUUUGCAUAGUUUUAUACAGGAUAAUUUGAAAGAAAGGUUUUUCUAGCACACUGUUUAUCGAUGUUGCCUUCUUUGGUACCCAACAGCAAAUCUAAAAAAAAAAUCCUUGGGUAACUGACUUCACUAAGUGUUUCUUGCUGUAUUUAAAACACCCCUAUUGUCUAUAUACUGUCGUCUGUUCGGCAAUAAACAGGGCAUCACUGUCUAACUGACAGCACUGUAGUGGAAUAGACUACUGUACUGCUAAGGGGGGGUUCUACCAGUACUAUGAAACUGUGAUUUUAGUGACCUAAAAAUUUAUUUUAUAUGGAUUGUUACCACCUUAGGGCAGGGUUUGCAUUAUCUCCUCCCUUUCGUAAUCUUGUUUGCAGGAUUGUCCUAAUCAAAAUUAGUACUGUUGGCAAGUAUGGUCUGUAUAAGUUAAAAUUCAUGAGUCCUAUUGUGGCUGGUUCAUAUUGUAUUAGAACCUGGGACCACUAUAUACUUAAUGUUGUGUAAACAGUGAUCCUACAUUCUAAAACAAGAUGUAGUAUAACUGGAACUCUUGAUAAAAAGUUAUAGUGUGCCUAAGGCCUUAUUUAAACUCUGCAUAAAAUAUGCGAAAAUAAAAUGCGAAUAUUACGAAUAUGCGAAUUUAGCGAAUAUAUGACGAAUAUUCGUCCAUAUAUUCGCGAAAUAUCGCGAAUUCGAAUAUGGCCUAUGCCGCUCAACACUAAGUCAGAUAUACUAGCAUAGUAAACUGGACUUAAAAAAAAAAUCCUGUUAACAUAAUGCAAUUUUUGGUGCCUAGUUUCUAGGAGAAUUUUGGAAUGCAGCCGUAGCCUGACCCUUAGUCCAGCAUCAGUGGGAAGCAUUGCAAAUGCUAUUGUUGGAUUGAUCAAUACAGUCAUUACCAAUAAUCAGUGGCAUUAGUUGAUGUUCUGUGUAAUAACUAUACUUGUAUGUUUCCUUCAUUUAUUAAAAUGAUUAUUUAUGGCAAUUGUAUAAUAGCAACAUUUUACUACAAAGUACGUGUUAAUACAAUACUUUAUCAAAACACAGUGAAGCACUGUUAAACAUUGGUGUGUUAAAUGACUACUCUCCUACAUGACCGGAAAAAACUGAUUUGUUGUUAAAUAAAAUUUCCCAUUCCCAAGUG